GCACUGCAGAAGCGGUGUGUACAUUCUUCGUACAGUAACAGUAAGAGUCUCUUGCUACAGCGAUACGUUGUACCGAGACGACGUUCACAAUGAAAGAUGUCACCGGGUACCUCAAACAGCAGCAGAGCAAAAGCUCCACGCCUGAACUGGCGAAAGAGUGGCACUCCUUGGAGGACCUCUACAACAGAAAGUUGUGGCACCAGCUUACACUGAAGCUCACAGAUUUUGUGCAGGAUCCCUGCUUUGCCACGGGAGAUGGACUUAUUCAGCUCUACGAAAACUUCCUCUGUGACUUUGAACACAGAAUCAAUCCGCUUUCCCUGGUGGAAAUUAUUCUUCAUGUAGCUCGACAAAUGACAGAUCCCAAUGUUGCUAUCACCUUCCUUGAAAAGACAAAAGAAAAGGUGAAAAGCAGCGAGGAAGCAGUAAUUCUUUGCAAGACCUCCAUUGGUAGCCUCAAGCUGGAAAUAAAUGACCUCCCAGCAACAAAGAAAAUAAUUGAGGACGUGGAGGAGAUGUUGAACAACUUGCCUGGCGUGACAUCGGUCCAUGGACGCUUUUAUGACCUCUCCAGCAAGUAUUACCGCAUCAUUGGGAACCAUGCGGCCUACUAUAAAGACGCCUUGCGCUACCUGGGAUGUGUGGAUGCUAAGGACCUUCCAGAGGCAGAACAACAGGAGCGAGCUUUCACACUGGGGCUGGCUGGACUCUUAGGGGAAGGUGUUUAUAACUUUGGAGAGCUACUCAUGCAUCCGGUGCUGGAGUCUUUGAGAAACACAGACAAGCAGUGGCUCAUAGACACACUUUAUGCCUUCAAUGGGGGCAAUGUGGAGAAAUUCCAGGCAUUCAAGCCAGCAUGGGGCCAGCAGCCUGACCUAGCAGCCCAGGAACACAAACUGAUGCAGAAGAUUCAGCUUCUUUGUGUGAUGGAGAUGACAUUUACCCGCCCAGCCAAUCACAGACAGCUGACCUUCCAAGAAAUAGCACACAGCGCUAAAAUCCCUGUGGAUGAGGUUGAGCUACUGGUGAUGAAGGCCCUUUCUGUGGGGCUCAUUAAAGGCAACAUUGAUGAGGUUGAUCAGAGGGUUCAGAUGACCUGGGUACAACCAAGGGUACUGGAUUUGCAACAGAUCAAAGGCAUGAAGGAACGUCUGGAUUUGUGGUGUGGAGAUGUGAAGAACAUGGCCAUGCUGGUGGAGCAGCAGGCCCAUGACAUCCUGACCUAGAGUGGUUUUCCAGCAGUUUCUGCUUGUUUGUCCAGGUUUCAUGAGGAUCUUUCAGACCCCCGCAGCCCAGGAGCAUUGUCUCUGACUGUAUUUUGGAAUAGUGACUGUAAGAGGACUGCAACAGCAGAAUCCAGAAUGCAGAACCUCUUCUGAGUACUGUUUUGUAUUUAAAGUUGGAUGCCAUGUUUUAUUCAGUUUUUUUAAAUUUCUUUAAAACCUGGUUUUGGACCAUGUAUCUUUUUCCAUGCAUUUUUGCCCUGUCCAGUCAGAUGGUCUGAUGCAUUUUACUUACUCAUUAAACUCUAAGCCGUUAGAGCUAGAAAAAAGUUCUUUUCUGUAACAGACUCCAUGUUCAAAGAGGACAAACUUAGUAUUAAAUUGGUGAAUGUGUAAUGCAUCCAGUUCUUUUGUACUGAAGAAAGUUUCCUAAAAAUCUCUACCACUUUCUGGCAGGGAAUGAUAUCUUUCCUCAGAUCCAAUAAAGGUAAUC